AGUAAUUCUCACGCUCAUUUCACCACCGCGUGCAAACAACUUACCACAUAAUUGCUUCUAGCCACAGAGGCCACUGUCCAAGCGCACAAGGGCUUCUCUUUCUCUACCUCAAAUUUUUAUCUCUGUAAUUCCCAUGGAAUUCAAAUUUCGAGCUGUAGACGGCAAACCGCCAACGUUAUUCUCUUCGUCAUCGACUCUCGGAUACUUUUCCGAAGAAGCAUUUCGAGCAAACUAUCCAAACAUUGAUCCGAGACAAAACCCCGAGCUAAUGCGAAACCAAACGCUCCAGUGCGAAAUCGAGAAGCAGCGUAUCAGAGAAGAGAUAAUCGCAAAGGAAAUCGCACGGCGGCGGGUACUCGAAGCCGAGGUGAGGAGAGAGCUGAUGAUGGAGAGAGAAAUGGCAAUGCGAGUAGGAAUCAGGGACGGAGGCCUGUCUUCUGAGGAAAGACUGACAAUGCGGCUUGAACAGGGAGCUUGGUUCCCUUGCGUGAACCAAUUUGACAAUCGCCGGCUCGAAGAUCGAUCAGCAUUUCAUGGUCAUGGCGUGUUCGAUCAAUGGCCAAGGUUAUCAGAAGCUUUGGUGUUGCCUGAUGUUAAGCCAGUUUCAGAAGAUAAUAAGGAUAAACUAAUAGUACUGGCUAAGCCAAAUUCAAAUCUUUGUGGGGCAAAGCGGAAGGCUGCAACACCACCUGAACAAGGUGCUGUUGGGCUCCCUGACGCUGGUUUGAAGAAGAUACCCAAGGAAGAGUGGAACUGUACUCUUUGUAAUGUUAGCGCUACAAGUGAAAGAGGUUUGAAUGAACACCUUCAAGGCAAGAGGCACAAGGCUAAGGAAGCAAGAUUGAGAGCAAAUAGGGUGGCCAAAAACUUAAGUCCUAUACCGUUUCCAAAGAAAACUGCAAAACCAGCUAAUCUCACUACCAGUAUUGCAGGCUCAGAACUAGAGGCAAAAGUUGAAGGGGAAUUACUUGAAGUUGAAAAAGCUAAUGAUGAUACAGACAAGAAAAGAGAGAACAAACAAGAUUCAGGGAAUGCAAAUGAUAAGCUGCAAAAAUGUACAUACAGAAAAUUUGAAGAGAAAAGGGGCAGGGAAAUUGCAGAGGAGAGGACAGCAGAAUUUAGGAAGAAGAAACAAUUCAAGUUCUGGUGUGAAAUGUGUCAGAUUGGUGCCUACUCUGCAGUGGUAAUGUAGGAUAAUGAAAAUGUGAAGAAGCAGAAAUUUCAGCUGCAGCAGCUUCAUCAAAACGGAGAAGCUGUCCCAGCCAUCACUACAAUGGUAUCAUCUAAAGCUGGCGAGAAGGCAAAGGAUAGAGAAGCUGUGACUGUAGAAGCAAAUGAGAAGAAGACGGGAAAUGCCAACUAUAAAGAAAAAACAACAGAAACUGUUGCAGGCAAUGACAAGAUAAUAGAAAAUGGGCCGCAGAUGAUGAGAGAUCAGGAUAAUCUUCAAUUUCAAGUCAAUAAGCAAAAUUGAACCACCCUCGUUGUUUGGGAAGGUAUCCUCUAGACAUGGACGUGAAGUUCAAGGUUACAUUUUCCGUUUCUUGUUUGUUAAGUAACUUUUACUUAAAACCUUGCAUCUGAAAUGGAGCCAGCAACAAUAGAUCUUUUAGAAUUGGAAAUUGGACGUGUCUUGAUUAAAAUUA